AACAGCAACAACAACAGCAGCAACCUAUUGGUGCAUACGAAUACGGGACGUCAUGACGGGGUUCAAGUGUUGACGUAAUAGGCUCGAGUGAUGAUGGGUGAGGCAGUGCUCAACGAAGGAGUCCAUGAUGGGCGCCUCUCAAUUCUACCAAAGGCAGGGUUUUGGUGAGUUUAAGGUAGACUAGGUCUCGUGAUCUGUAGCCAAGAAAGCAAUAGAAGCUCAACAUUUGGCCAAAGUAAUCUCUCCUUCAUCAUAUUCUUGAUCUUGACUCUUUCUCAACUCUUGUCUUUCUAUCUGAUCGGCCCAUUACCCCUUUUGGUCUUGAAACCUACUUGUACCAAAGUCCCACCUCUAACUAGGUACCUCACAAGACGGGUACUGUACUGUAACUCAGUCAGAUUCACCGUUACAAGAUCUCGCCAAGCUUGGAGCCCUGAUUUAUAUCCAACACUGUAAUUGCGUCGCCUCCGUCAUCGAUAAACAAAUAGUAGGCCCCAAUCGAACCCUUCAUCUGCAGUGCAUCGCCCAGUCCCAAUCCCAAUCCAGGCCGGCCCCGCGAGCUCCAUCUGUCUGGCUUGUUCUGAACUUUUAGCUGUCCUCCCCCCUGCUUCUACAACCCCGCAAUCCGCAAUCGGCCCCUCGUCAACUGCUACGCUGAACCUACCUACUGCUACUGUACACGAGACCGCCUUCAAAAUCUCCUGUCCUGUCGCAAACCCUCCCUUUCAACUCCCCGACUACUUUUCUUUUAUACACGGCUCAGAUAUACAAUCAUGUCCUCUUCUACAGCCCCAGCCGCGCAGGCCAACAGCGGCAGCUGGUCCGCCUUCCUCAAGUCCAUCGCAUCCUUCAACGGCGAUCUGUCUUCUCUCACCGCGCCCCCUUUCAUCCUAUCCUCUCAAUCUCUCACCGAAUUCUCUGCAUACUGGGCCACGCACCCUCCCGUCCUGACCGCCCCAGCUGCCGAGUCUGAUGCCGCCAAGCGUACUAUGCUCGUCCUCAAGUGGUUCCUCUCGACUCUGAAGCACCAGUACGCCAGCCGAAGUGAGCAGUUUGGAAACGAAAAGAAGCCUCUGAACCCUUUCUUGGGUGAGCUUUUCCUCGGUACCUGGUCCGACGAGGCUGGCGAGACAACCCUUGUCUCAGAGCAGGUCAGCCACCAUCCUCCUGCUACCGCCUACUGCAUUCGCAACGACAAGACUGGUAUCGAGCUUGAGGGUUACAAUGCUCAGAAGGCCACUUUCAAGAGCACCAUCAUUGUCAAGCAGAUCGGUCACGCUGUCCUACGAAUUCCUCUUCCAUCUGGAGAGAUCGAAUCCUACCUCAUUACCCUCCCUGGUCUUCAUAUCGAGGGUCUGAUUUUUGGUGCUCCUUUUGUCGAGCUUGAUGGCUCAAGUCACAUCACUAGUUCCAGUGGCUUUACUGCCAAGAUUGACUAUAGCGGCAAGGGAUGGCUCUCAGGAAAGAAGAACACCAUCGUCGCCAGCGUUUAUCCUACGGGCAAGGAGAAGGAUGUUCUUUACAAUGUCACUGGCCAGUGGAAUAAGGCCCUCGAGAUCUACUCAGGGCCUGCCAAGUCUAACUCCAAGUCGACUCUUGUGAGCACCUACGACGCCGUCAACACCGCUCAGACUGAGCUCAAGGUUGCCCCCAUCGAUCAACAGCACCCUCUCGAGUCCCGGCGCGCCUGGUCUCGCGUUGCUGAUGCCAUCCAGAAGGGUGACAUGGACACCACAGGUGCUGAGAAGGGCAAGAUCGAGAAUGCCCAGCGCAACAUGCGCACCAAGGAGAAGUCUGAGGGUCGAACCUGGGACCGCCAGUACUUCACCGCUGUGGAGGGUCAAGACUCUGUCCUCGAGCAGCUCGGCAUAGUCGUCGGUGUACCUACUGAUGGAGAGGCCGACAAGACUGGCGGUCUCUGGCGAUUCGACAAGACCAAGGCUGAUGCUCGCGCUGCCCAGCAGCUCUCGGAGGAAGCUGUAGCCCAGAUGGAGAAGGAGCUUCUUGGUCGAUAGGCACGCCAAAUAAGAUACCAAAGCAAGAUGAGGUAUAGGAACAGGAAAUGGUGAUUGUGAGCUGCAUGUUACACAAUCAAAAGGUGCAACGUUAAACCAAAAGAGGCGGGCAUGGAUGGACAUGGGUUAGAAUACACGGCGCUCGGCAAAUGUUCUCUGGUACAAGAGGCAUUCCGCGACGAACCACGGGAGACUCAAACGGUUGGUUUGUAUAAUAAUUAACAGGCUAUAUAUGUUCUACGAUUAAUGACAUGAUUUUCAUGUUUUCUCAGCUGGUAGUCAUCCACAUCCAGAAGUCGCAUUGAUGCAAGGUCCCAUAUCAUUUUAUCGGCGUAAGGUGGUUUUACCUUUGAAGUCACAUAUUCCCAUUGUAGUACAGAAUACUCAGGCUGUUUGUACGUCGUCAAUUUUUUUUUCUUCAUUAAUUUUACUACUUUCAUCGCCUCGUAACGCCCCUGCAACUAAACACUGCUAUGUUGUGUCGGAAC